UUCAAUUCGUGUUCGUUGAGACAAUGCAUGCAAUAGGUAAACAAACUCUGACAAAAAAAAAAAAUCAAUGUCUGGAUUAAAAUUUAGCAUUCAACAUUAAAUAAAUCGUUUCAGGCAGCCAUCUCCUCCGCCUGCAAACCUCUGCUUCUUCUGCCGCCGCCCUGGUAAUACUCCAUCAUUGAUCUCUACUACUCAUCUGAACCACAUUCAUCUUCCAAAAACGCUUCCGUUCUACUGUCAUUGUCGCUGCAGAUAUUGUGAACAAAAUAAGCCCCAGACCAGCUAAAGACAUGUUCUCCAAGACCAAAAUCAACACUUUUUUCUGCUACUACCUCAACAACAAUUUCAACCUUUACAAUCACACAAGAUCUAUAUCCAGUCUCAAAGUUGUAUGGCGCAAGGAUCCAUCACUAGACCAAGCCAUAGAGCAAGAUAAACGCUUCAAACAAUGUUUCCGCGUCGUCAAAGAAGUUCUCAACGAACCAGGUCAAGUUAUUCCUUUACGCUACCUCGAAAAACGCCGUCAAAGGAUGCGACUCAAGGUUAAAAUCGACACCUUUUUGAAUCAAAACCCUUUUUUAUUCGAUGUCUACUAUGAUCGCAUCAAGCCCAAAACCAAGCCCGUUAAAUUUCUUCGUGUCAGCGAUCAUCUUCUUCAGUUUCUGGAGGAAGAGAAACGAAUUUAUAAGGAGAAUGAACCGUUAAUUGUUUCCAAGUUGUGUAAAUUGUUGAUGAUGUCAAAGGAUAAGGUUGUUAGUGCUGAUAAAUUGCUUCAUGUGAAGAGGGAAUUUGGUUUCCCUAAUGAUUUUUUGGUUGAUUUGGUUCCUAGGUAUCCGGAAUAUUUUAGGUUAACUGGUUUACCCGGCGAGGGAAAAUCUUUUCUUGAGUUGGUUAAUUGGAAUCCUGAGUUUGCGAAAUCUGUUGUUGAGAAAAGGGCUGAAGAAGAAAGUAGUGCUACUGGGAUUAGGGUUAGGCCUAGUUUCAAUGUAAAGCUUCCUCCAGGAUUUGUGUUGAAGAAGGAGAUGCGGGAGUGGAUUAGGGAUUGGAUGGAGCUUGAUUAUGUAUCUCCUUAUGAGGACGUUUCUCAUUUUGAGCAAUCCUCAAGAGAAAUGGAGAAGAGGUCUGUUGGGGUGUUUCAUGAAUUGCUUUCUCUUUCUUUGUAUAAGAGGAUUCCUGUGCCGAUUCUUGGAAAGUUUUGUGAUGAGUAUAGGUUUUCGAAUGCUUUUUCAAGCGCUUUUACAAGGCAUUCUGGUAUAUUCUAUCUCUCGUUGAAAGGUGGGAUUGAAACUGCAAUGCUGAGAGAAGCAUAUGAAGGGGAUAAGUUGAUUCACAUUGAUCCACUGCUUCAGAUAAAAGAUAGAUUUGCUGAGUUGCUGAACGAGGGUUGGCGGCUAAGAGCGGAGCAGUUGAAAUUGAAACAAGAGAAAAUUAAGCAAGAUAUGGAACUUGUGGCCACAAGUUACUGAAUAAUAAUGUACAAUCGGCGUGUGUAUAUAUAUCAAGAGCUUUCAAGUUGGAAAUUUCUCUAGACAAAAAAGCUUGAUCAUUGCUGGAAUGCACUUCUAUCAUAAACUUGCCCUUGGCGAUGAACUGAACUGUCUAACUAUGCACUUUACCAACAUAUGAAAUAAAUGCGUGAAAAAUUACAGAAGUUAGGCUAACAAGGAGGUUGUGAGUGGACUUAAAAUUUGUGUUUGUCUAACUCAUUGUGUUUUGGAAUUUUGGAAUUUAAUGGUGCUCCAAAAUUCAAAUAAUCCUUUUGGUAUCAGACCAGUCCUGCAUUGAAGUUCAAAUAUGAAAAACACUGAAUUUCUGUUGAAGACAUGUGAUGUUGGAUUUCCUCUUAUAAUUCAAAGUGAAAGAAACGCACACUUACCUGCAAACUAUGGAUGAAAUGAGCUGCAUUGUCGGAUGAUGACGGAGUUCUGCAUCCAAAUCAUCCUAGAGCAGUAAUGAAGUAUUUACUUCUAAAAACAUUGGGAACAGGCUGAGAAAAGGUGUAAAUACCUUAAAUUUGCCAUGGCAGCAUGAAUGUUAAUUUUAGAAAGCUGGUGUACCCAUGGCUUCUUAGUUCUUACUUCCAUUUGUAGAUUCUAAAACAUUUACAAUUUUUUAUUUUCGAUAUAAUGUGACGGUAUGUAUUAUCAAUUUUUUUUUUUUUGAUAGAGUAUUAUCAAUUUUGAUUUACAACGGAAUAAAAUUUGAAAUAUUUUUUGUGUGUCCAUGCCUCAAUCUUUGUUGAAGUUAUUGGAAUGUUGAAGUACUAUAGACAUUGUGAAAGCCAUGUAAAAUAUCAUCAAAACUCUGUUUAUGUGGUUACUGUUGAGUGGGUGGGUAAAGCACGAUUUUUUUUUUUUAAAAACCAAACUAGGGACUGGGGAAUUAUUAUUAAUUAAAGUAGCACCAAUGGUCAGUUUUACGAUCGUCUAUGAGGGGAUUUAGACUUUGUUCUUGAGGUUAUUAAGUCAAAUUUUUACCAUUGAGCUGACAUCUCACAGAUAAGACGUGAGCAGCAAAAACAAAGACCUAUUUUUUGAAGGAUCUAAAGUUUAUUUGUUUUCAUUAGAUAUUUGUGUCUCUCACCCUAUGUCGUCUAAUAUAUGGGACUUUUGCUGGAAAAGUCCUUAAGUUGUUUUCCACUCAUGUAAAAUAUAGGUUUCAUUAAUUUGCACUAAUCUGAUACACACAUUUCCACACUUCUCAACAUUGUUAAAAAUGUUGUUCAAAAUAUUGUUCAGGAACAAUGUUGGUGGCUUGAACCCCAAUUUAGUAUAGUUUGUUCUUACCUACAAAGUCAUCACACAAAAUGGAUGAGAAAUGCAAGCAAGCAAUGCCUGACCUCAUUCUCAUGGUAGUUACAUUUUAUAUAUUAGCAAUUCACCUGAUCAACAACCUACUGGAAACAAGUUAAUGAAUUUGUAAGUAUUUAAGCAAUUCUACUUCUAAGGAGCUAGUGUGAUCAUUUUUACUUUCAUGUUCAAAUAUAUUGGCAUAAGAGGAAGAAACUAGAAAGAGACACAAUAUGAAGAGAGUCAAUGUUUUUAAAUCACUAACUCUGGUUCUUACAUUUCUUGCAUUUGCGCCGAAAAUGGAGAGCGAGAUCAUACCACCAGUUAUUCACCUGCCACCACCAGCCCUUCGUCCACUUUGUGCACCCCAACUAGCACUAGUAAGCUAUGCUUGUGGAAUGUUACCUUACACUCCAGGAUCACCAUCUUCUCCGAUCCUACCUCCACUCUCUCCUUCAUCCUCCAAUGACGGUGGGGGACACCAGAGUCAUCACAACCACCACCACAGGCACGGCCAUAGACAUCGACAUCACGAUACCACGCAAGAAGAUAACUGUUGCCGGUGGGCUAGAGCAUUGGACAGCCGAUGUGUGUGUGAGAUUUUAGUCAGGUUGCCUCCUUUUCUCAUAAGACCUCUGCAUACUUACUCAGUCGUCUUUGGAGAAUCUUGUACGGUCACUUACUCAUGUGGUGGACCAAUAUGAUGGACAAAAUUACGAAUGGUGAUGCCCCAAAAAAGUGUAGUGGUGGAAAGAAUCUGAUUUGUUUCUGGUAUUGUAAGUUGAAGUUGUGGUUAUCUUUUCUGAUUCAUAGCCUUGUUAUUUAGCUAGCUGUUGUUGAUUGUUUGACUUAAUUUACAAUUCUUGUGUGGUCAUAAGUUGGAGAAAAACGAAGUGAGCUGUAGCACUCACAUAAAAUAUAGUUGUAGGUUUUGUAGCUUGAUGGAAGUAUACUUAUCUAUAUAAAAAUAUAUUUUACUUAUUGAAAUUCAUAUUUAAUAUAUUA